AUGCUAGAAAGCUCCAUUAACGAGUCCAAGAAUCUUCUGGUGAACUUGGCCAACACCUUCAAGUACCGCAUUGCUCAGGAGAAUGGCCAGCGUAUCUUUGGACCGCCGCUUGAUUGGCCAAAUAACCUGGCCAUUCCUGAGAAGGGCACCGAGUGUUUUAUUGGGAAGAUUCCGCGUGAUUGUUUCGAAAAUGAGCUCAUUCCGCUCUUCCAAAAGCCCGGAGUCAUCUACAAGAUGCGUCUAAUGAUUGACUUCUCGGGAAACAACCGUGGCUAUGGAUUCGUCCAGUAUUUUACUCCGGAGGAUGCCAAGAAAGCCGUGGAGUUGCUUAACAACUACGAAAUUCGAAAAAACUGGAACAUCGGUGUUAUGCACUCCAAGAACAAUAACCGCCUCUUCUUCGGAAACCUUCCGAAUAGCAUUUCUCGCAGUGAGAUGGUUUCUGAGAUUGCCAAAUACACUGCGGGCAUCAAAGGAGCCGUCUACUAUGGAGGAGUGCACCGUCAACAUGGCUUUGGUUUUGUCGAGUAUGAGAACCACAAGAUGACCGCUCUGGCUCGUCGCAAGUUUUUUCCUGGCUCUAUUUUGCUGUUUGGCCGUCAGCCCAAAGUUGAUUGGGCCAAGUCCGAAGAGGAGUGUGAUGAAGAUGACGGUUCACACGAUGUCC